GGCGCCAUGGAAAUGAAAACUUGUGUUGGUUUUUUGUAUUGCACAAAUAAACUUGGUACUAACUAUGUUAAGCAUACUUCACAAUAUCAACUUGGAAAAGAUACUCAAAUAGGGUCAUUGGGAAGAACUACUAAACAUAACUACCGUCGAUCAACAAGACAAGUUCUCCGUGCUGUUGCUUCCAAGGAGAGUUCUACCCAUGUGAGAAAACAACUGGCUGAUAGUUUAAACGAAGAAGCACUCAAAUUAGUGGGGUUCCUUCACGGGCAUCGUACCCUAUUCGUUGCUGGAAAAGGAUUCGAUACCGCUGCUGCAACGCUCUUUAGAAAACUUGAUACUGCAAGUGCCUGUCCAACGGUAGGGAAAAAUAAGUCUAUUACAUAUAAUCGACUUUGUUUUCUUAACGAUGUUCUUCAGUUGCAAGAGUUGAACGUCAAUCGUUCAUCGUUACCGGGUAUAGAAGCCGUGAUUCCCAUCGUUACGAACAAACAACACAUCAUCGAUGUACUUUCACAGAACGCACACAUAGAAAAUGGUCAAAUACCGCGCGAAGAAGAAGAAGAAGAAGAUACCGUAGUAGAGACCGUAUUAUUUUCCCUAUUUCAAAAGUUCUUUCGCAUGCUAGUGUAUGCUAUCGCAACUUUUUCAAUCGAUUAUGUGGAUGAAAACAGUUUCAUUUUGUUGGAAAACUUGUUCAGGGAAAUGAAAGUGGAAAAGAGUGUGAUCACGCAGCGUUUUAAUAUAUUGAAAGAGCAAAUACAACAAUUAGUUCCUCAUUAUUUAUGGAAAGAAUGUUCCACGGUCAUCAGUGUUUUAGAGACUCGGUUGCAACGAAUGAACAUUGCUUGAAAUGGAAUGACAAAUACUUGGAUUUCUUUAUGGAUUUAGGAAUUGUCAAAUGUCAACGUAAGGAAACCAUUUUGGGAUAUCGAUAAAGGACAUCUCGUGGAUGUUUAGAAUGUC